CAGUGCAUAUCGUGACUUAAAGGAAUUAUUGGCACUGGAGCUGGGCAAUCAAAAAUGUGUCUUUUUAACCGACGUGGAUUCGGACUACCAAUCCAGUUCUUCCUGUUAUCGGUCAUUAGUCUUGCCUGUUCACAGGAUGAUAUUCAACUUUCUAAUGAGUAUCUCAAGAACAUAAGGGCUGAUGAGGCAGAGGAGCAGGCAGCUGGAGAGUAUAACUAUGACCAACAAGGUGCCGACUGGACAGGAACAUGCCGUAAUGGUCAGAAUCAAUCGCCCAUUGAUUUAAUAACCGAUGAAGCCAUUGAGGGCUCCAUACCCCGCAUACGUUUCUCAAACUACGAACAACCACUGCAAACUCCGCUAUUGCUGGUAAACAACGGUCACACAGCAAACAUGGUGUUGCCAGCCGGCAGAAAUGGGCAACGCGCGUCCAUUAGUGGUGGAAUGUUGCCAGGUACCUUCGAUGUACAAAGCAUGCACUUUCAUUGGGGCUCCCCCAAUAGCAAGGGUUCCGAGCAUGCUAUCAAUUUUGAGCGUUACGAUGUAGAGAUUCACAUUGUUCACAAAAAUACCCGCUAUUCAGAUAUGACCGUGGGUGAAGCCAGUGAGUACGCGGAUGGACUUGCAGUCCUGGGAAUUAUGCUUAAUGCUGUGAAUAGACCACCGACACAGCAGAGUGGCCUUGACAGGGUAUUUAAUGCACUCCCAAGAAUCAUUCGAUAUCAAUCGAAUGCGACAAUUACUGGUCAGAUAACUAUGAGGCAGUUGACGGGCAAUGUUGUGACUGCACAGUUUUUCACAUAUAACGGCUCAUUGACCACACCUAAUUGCGCUGAGGCAGUCACCUGGACGGUGUUUGACAGACCAGUUGACUACUCACUGCGUCAGAUCAGUAAAUUUUGGAAUUUGCGAGAUUCACGAAGACGUCAACUGAUUAACAACUAUCGCGAGCUUCAGGACACACGUGACAGGCCAGUCUAUUAUAGACCCCUACGUGGUUAAUAAUCAAACAUGUUUCAAUAAUUAUUCAAAUUAUAAUCAGUCGAGAUUACUCGAAUACAAGUUUCCCAGUACCAAGCCGUAAUAUAAAACAAGCAAACAUAAUCGUACAACACACAUAAUUAUAUUACGUAUCAUAUGAACAGAACUUUUAAGAUCUUUGUGAACUGAUUCAAUCAAUAAAAUUUUACCCGUAUUUAGCAUAAUAUGUAUGUAAAAUAAAAACUAGUAAUACGAUUCUGCAAGAUAAUCGUAUAUUUACCUUAAUUUAAUUAGCUUCCGAUACCGGUAAAAAGCACAUUCAGACAACGUCAAAUCGAGUAAUCUACAUGAGUCAACUGUCCGCAAAUAACUUCAAAGAAAUAGUCGAGAUAUUGGUGUAAUAAAAUAUAAAAAAA